AUGGGCGCGCAGUCAAAGCCAGAGAUCCCGCCCUGGGGCCGCGCUGCUGCCGGGGCCGCGGGAGCCGUGUUGGCCAAUGCCCUCGUGUAUCCGCUCGACAUUGUCAAGACGCGCCUCCAAGUUCAAGUUCGCCUCGAUGAGUCGGCGCCGGGCGCCGACGACGAGCCACACUACGCCUCGACGUGGGAUGCAGUUAAGCGGAUCGUGGCCGACGACGGCAUCAGAGGUCUCUACAUGGGCAUGAAUGGAUCUCUCAUCGGAGUCGCUUCCACCAACUUUGCAUACUUCUAUUGGUAUACCCUGGCGAGGUCUUUCUACCUCAAGUCGUCCAGCCUGCCGGCUCUUUCGCCCUCCACCGCCGUGGAGCUCUCGCUCGGCGCUGUUGCGGGUGCACUGGCACAGCUCUUUACCAUUCCCGUGGCCGUCGUCACAACUCGGCAGCAGACUGCCAAAGGCAAUGAGUGCAAAAGCCUCAUGGCGACGGCUCGUGAAGUUGUGGACGGGCCCGACGGCGUGACGGGCCUGUGGAGGGGUCUGAAAGCCAGCCUGGUCCUUGUCGUGAAUCCAGCCAUCACGUACGGGGCAUAUGAGCGGCUGAGCAGCAUCUUUUUCCCAGUCGAAUCAAAGCUGAAGCCUUGGCAAGCCUUUUUACUAGGGGCCUUGUCAAAAGCCUUGGCCACCAUCGUCACACAGCCACUGAUCGUGGCCAAGGUCGGCCUGCAAUCCAAGCCACCGCGCACGAGGAGCGGGAAGCCUUUCAAAAGUUUCAUCGAGGUGAUGAAAUUCAUCGUGAAGCAUGAGGGUGCCUUGGGCUUGUUCAAGGGGAUCGGACCCCAGAUCUUCAAGGGCUUCUUGGUGCAGGGCAUCCUCAUGAUGACCAAGGAGAGAGUCGAGCUCCUCCUCAUUCUUUUCCUGCGAUAUCUCCAGGCGACCAGGAGAGCGCAGCUGCAAAGAGUGGCUGGCCUCGCCUCGACGGUGUCCCAAAAGGCGCUCGCCUCGACACGGCCGGGCUUGUAG